AUGUCCGAAGGUAACGCCGCGUUCGAAUUGGAGGAGUAUACGGUCGGUUGGGUUUGCGCCAUUCCAUUAGAAAUGGCCGCUGCUAGAGGAAUGCUUGACAAGAUUCAUCCAGACCUGUCUCAGCAGGACCCCGACGACCAUAACAGCUAUAUUCUAGGUGAAAUAUGUGGUCACAAAAUUGUUAUUGCGUGCCUGCCAGCUGGCAUUCAUGGAACCAAUCCUGCAGCUACUGUCGCCAAAGACCUAUUACGAACUUUUAAGUCCAUCCGUUUCGGUUUGAUGGUUGGAAUCGGAGGUGGAGCACCAUCGCUACAGCACGAUAUCCGAUUAGGUGAUGUGGUGGUAGGCCAGCCUUCAGGAACCCUUGGAGGAGUCGUACAGCAUGAUCGAGGCAAGAUCUUACCGCAAGGCGGAUUUCAACGAACGGGCUCCCUGAAUGCGCCUCCUCAACUUCUUCUAUCCGCUUUGGCUCGUCUUCAGGCAACUCACAUGACUGAAGAUAGUCGUGUUCCCGAGUAUCUGGCUCAGCUUGUCGCAAAGAGUCCUAAAAGAAUGAAGGGCAAAUUCAGCUACCCGGGUACAUUGAAUGAUCGCCUUUAUAAGGCAGGCUAUGAGCAUGCCAAUCCGGGAAGUGCAACCUGUGGCCAAUGCGAUGAAUCCAAGCGCAUUAAGAGAGAAACUCGAGAUGAUAACGAGCCAUAUUUCCACUACGGCAUAAUUGCUUCCGGAAACCACCUGAUUAAGGAUGGCAAAACGCGAAAACGUCUAAGCCAAGCAUAUGGAGCAUUGUGCUUUGAGAUGGAAGCUGCAGGGCUUCACAACUUUCCAUGCCUUGUUAUUCGGGGCAUCUGCGACUAUGCAGACUCUCAUAAGAACGAUGUUUGGCAAGAGUAUGCCGCUGCGACGGCGGCGGCAUUUGCUAAGGAGCUGUUGCUAUUCGUAGCACCAAGCCAGGUCCUUCAGGAGAAUAAGAUACUUUCGGACCUUGUUUCUAUCGUCAAGGGCAGCCUAGAAGUCUCAAUACAUAGUCUCACUGAACAAAGAUCCAUCAAACGGAUGCUAGAGAAUCGACCUAUGGAUCUGUAUGUAGCCCACAGCGCUCGCUACGACAGUCAGGACGUUAAAGAGAGUCCAAGAUGCCAAACUGGCACCCGCGUUCGCAUUCUGGAAUCAAUAGAACAGUGGGCAGCUCAACCACUCUGUUCAUCUAUCUUCUGGCUUAUCGGUCCUGCAGGAACUGGUAAAUCUACCAUUGCUAGGAGUGUUACUGAUUCCUUUGCAAGGAAAGACCGCUUAGCUGCUGGAUAUUUCUUUAAACGAGGCGAACAGGACAGGAAUGAUACUAACCGGCUAUUCUCCACGCUAGCGAUGCAACUGGCGGAUACAGUUUCCUCCUUCAAAGAGAGCCUUCGGAAAUCACUGGAAGGUCUCGAUAAGGACGCAGUGGAGAAAACCAACCUCGAUACCCAAUUCCAAAAGCUCCUAUGGUGGCCACUCGAAAAUCUACAAGUCAGCGAUGCAAGCGGUUUGCCAAAAGUCAUCACAAUUGAUGCUCUGGACGAGUGUGAGAGACCUGAGCAUCUAGUACGGGUCUUGGAACUGUUAGCCAGGCUUUGCACUAUUUCCACACUCCAGUUACGUGUCUUGAUUACUAGCAGGUCUGCCCCCGACAUUGUUGAAGCUCUCGACUCUCACUUGCAGGACGGAACUGCCCGUACCUUGGAAAUCCAAAGGGAGUUCCCUGAGGAUACCAAGUUGGACAUUCAAAACUUUCUGCAGUCAAGUUUUGAGGAAAUCAAGAACAAAAGAAGGGUACAAAAAGAACCAUGGCCUACUACCGAGGACUUAAAUCGCCUUGUUCAGCUCUCUACCACUCCCGAGCCUUUGUUCAUCUAUGCCGCAACCUUAUGUCGAUUCGUCUCAGAUAAACAACAGGGACCGAUUCGGCAACUGAUUAUCUGGCUGGAACAUGGGAGUCACUCGCAACUCCACCAGAUAUACACUCCUAUCCUUGAUCAAGCGUUCUUAGGCUUUGGGGAAGUGGAGUUUAGUCAAAAGCUGCGAUUUCUCGGUGCCAUCACAGUUAUUGCCAGGCCGCUCUCCGCCAAAUCUCUUGCUACAAUACUUGCUAUAGACUUGGACGAUGUGAGCUGGUGGGUUUCAAGGCUGUAUGCAGUUUUGCAUGUGCCGCCUGUGCUUGACAAGCCCAUACAUCUCCUUCAUAAAUCCUUUGCCGAUUUCCUCGCCACUUCUGACGAUUCCGACGCUGCCAAGUAUGGGAUAGAUGUAGCAGGACGGCUUCUGGAGUGUAUAGGUCUGUUAGAUAGGCUUUUGAAAGCGAGUGAGACAUGCAAGGACGAUAUCCUGCCGGAUUUUGUACUCCUCCUCAGAGAUGCAAAGAGAGUCUUAUCAGCAUUCGGUUCAACUAUCGACCUCUAUCCUCUCCAGAUCUACGGAUCGCUACUCUUCUUCUCUCCCACAGCAAGCACAACCCGUCAGAGAUUUUGGGACCAGCGCAUACCCAAAACCGGUCGGAUUCAAGGUGUGGAGUCCAAAUGGACCGCAAGCCUCCAGACCUUCGAGAAUCCUGAUGGAAUCCUCAUUCUGCUUUCUUUCUCGCCGGAUGCCCAAAUCUUGGCAUCUGUAGUCCGUAAACACUCGGGCCUUUCUGUGAUUCAACUUCGCAACAUCAUCAGUGGUACAUAUGAAUUCACCUUCGAACUGAACAAGGGUGUGAAUGAGGUGUAUUGGAAUCUAAUGGCCUUUUCAUCGGAUAGCUGCCUGCUUCUGUCUGACCAAUGUGAUGGAAAUUUCGGGAUCUGGGAUGUGAGAAGUGGCCAGGUCCAGCAAAUAUCUACAGGUCGUUGCAGUCCAGUUUUAGCAGUCAACUUUGCACCACAUUCAAACCAUCUAUCAUGCCUAUCAAAAGAUGGGAGGUUACAGUAUUGGGAAAACGUGAAAGGUAUCUAUCAAGAGAAACAUUUAGGGAUUAAUGUUCUUAAUGGAACUUCCGACAAAGGACUGCAAAUUCUCCGAGCGACAUUUUCUCGCAGCUCGCAGCUGUUAGCGUUUCAAAAGCAGCCGACUGAAAUCGAGGUCUGGGACUUAAAGACUGGCGCUCAAACGCUGGUGCUGAGUACAAAGACACAUUUCAUCUACUGUUACAUCAUGGAAUUCUCAGCAGACAGUCAGAGCCUUGCAUUGGCGGGCCAUAAUGUACUGACUGUUUGGGAUCUGGAAACAGGCGCGAAGAAGCUGUCCCUAGAACACCAGAUGAUGAUAGACAGUAUCGCUUUCUCACCUACCGGGAGAAUGAUAGCAUCGGGAAGCGGGGAACUGAUUCAACUAUGGGAUUUAGACACUGGUAUUUGUAAGACUACCUUGAUGGACGAUGGACAUUACGGUGUGACAGCACUAGCCUUUUCUAGAGACGGCUCAAAUCUAGCAUCACCUCACCGACUUUGGGAUCUUACCCAGCGACAAGAACUUCAAAUUCAUGACGGUAGGAGCCCUGCUAUUGGUAGAAUAGUAUGGUCGCUAGAUGGCCGGCUUCUCGCAUCACCUUCCAAGGACGGUACGAUUCAAGUUCAGGACGCAGAAACACUCAUGCCUCGAUGGAAGUUAACAGGCCACACAAAAACGGCCGCCGGAAAUGCCUUCGAACUAUUAUUCUCAGAUGAAAGCAGCCUCCUGGCCUCUUUACAUUCUGAUCAUAUACUGAAGGUCUGGGACAUGCGCUCUGGCACUGAGUGUACUGCUAAGCGGAGCUCAGUUUCACAGGUGAACUACUCAGAAGAUGGCUUGAUCUUGGCAACAACCAUGCCACAGUCUCAUAUCGUGAAUAUAUGGGAAGCGGAAACUAGCAUCCACCUGCAUACACUCAACGUUCCUAAAGAUGACGAUAGUUGGGCCUCUGAUCUUUCGACGGUCUUUUCACCUGAUGGCCGCAUCCUAGUUACCUAUGGAGUUAAAGAUUCGCCCAUAUUAUGGGAUACAUCUACAAGCAAGCAAGGACAGAAGCUCCCAGUAUCUAAGCCUGUCAUCGAAGUUAUCUUCUCCCAUGACAGCCGGCUUAUUGCAUCAAUCGAGGGCUUUCGCGUUUCUAUAUCGCGUUUAAGUGCCUGCCAACGACCGUUACAUAUUCUUGAAACUCAGCCCCGAAAAGGAGCCUUCUCGUCCGAUAAUAAGCUACUAGUUAUAAGUGGUAUACACGAGGAAUUCGGUAUAUGGGAUAUUGAAACGGGCUCUAAGAUACUCGAAGUUGAAAGCAGCGACAGCAGUUGCGAAGCCAUGUGUCUCUCGCCCAAUACCCAAUUUAUAGCAUUUGCAUCGACACGCUCGACAAGACCAGAAGAUGGGAGGAUUCGAUUAUGGAAUAUAGCUUCGCAACCCCCUAAGAGCCUCACCUUGAAUCAUCAAGAGAUUGUAUCAACAAUGGUAUUCUCGUCGGAUGGGCGAGUCUUGGCGAUGGCAUCCGGACAGAAUGUGAUUUGGCUCUGGAAUGUGACAUCAGGUAUUUUGAUAAGAAAGAUCCUAUGCCAGGAAGUGUUCAUCAAGAGAAUCAGCUUUUCAUCCGAUGAACUUCUUGUUUCGGUCUCAAAGUAUAGGUCUCCUGCCUUCUUUAACGUCUGGGAUAAUAUGGCCUUGCAAGUCCACAGGUAUCAAAUCACCAGCUCUACUGGAAAAGAUCUACCAAAGCUGAUUGCGGGCAACAUUGGGCUCACCUAUGAUGAAAACUGGAUAGCUCGAAGCUCUGAAAAUCUUAUUUGGGUACCACGACAAUACAGGCCUCCGAGGGCAGAUUUCUCUGGACGUUGGGUCAGUAGGGACUCUACGAUUAUCAUCGGUAUUCGCUCGGGCCAUUUGAUUAGAUUUCAAAUCGUGUAG